AUGGCGUCUGCCCCAGCUGGAGCCCCUGCAGCAGAUGGAGGGAAUCAGCCCCCCAACCUCACCAGCAACCGUCGUCUGCAGCAGACACAGGCACAAGUGGAUGAGGUGGUGGAUAUCAUGCGUGUAAACGUGGAUAAGGUUCUGGAGCGUGAUCAGAAGCUGUCAGAACUGGACGAUAGGGCUGACGCCCUGCAGGCUGGAGCCUCUCAGUUUGAGACCAGUGCUGCAAAACUGAAGAAUAAAUACUGGUGGAAGAAUGCCAAGAUGAUGAUUAUCCUGGGUGUGAUAUGCGUGAUUAUCCUCAUCGUCAUAAUUGGUAAGAAUCCUUCUCACUUUUUGUACUUCAGCACCUAA